AUGGUGAUGCUACGAUUGACUGCCGAGCAAUUUCGGAAACUGCCUAUCUUGGUAGAAGAGGAUACAUGUCUCGGCAAGACCUACAUCAUCACCGGUGGAAACUCCGGCUUGGGUCUCGAGACCGCGCGACACCUUGUUGCGGCAUCCGCCGAACGUGUCAUACUAGCUGUUCGGAAUCUCAAGUCGGGGGAAGAUGCUAAGAGUGACAUUGAAAAGACGACAGGGCGCAAGGGAGUUGUUGAGAUACGACACAUCGACAUGUCAACCUACGAGUCUGUCCAGAAAUUCGUGACAGAUUUAACGCAAGAUAUAGACAGGAUUGAUGGCUUUAUCUGCAACGCGGGACUGAUGAUUGACGCGUGGUCGCAAUCUGAAGGCAUGGAAACCAGCAUGUUUGUCAAUGUGAUCAACACUGUUUUCCUCGGUGCUCUCCUCAUGCCCAAGCUACAAGAAAGUGCCAAGCAGUUCAAGAUCAAGCCUACCCUGGUAUUCAUUGUCAGUGUUCUUGGCUACACCGUCAAGGCUGAAAUGGAUAAAAGCAGGAAGGGAAACAUCUUGGACGGGCUCAACGACCAAAAGCGAGCGAACAUGGAUGCGAGAUAUGCACUCACCAAGUUGGUAGAGGAAUGUGCCGUGCGUCAAUUCGCAGCUCUAUGUCCCGUCGAACGCACCAAUGUUGUGAUAACCAUGGUUGCACCAGGUCUUUGCAGCACAGGCCUAGGUCGCGAUGCCCGGACAUUCACUAAAAUUAUGCAUGAGGGGGUUCGAGCAUUCAUGGCUCGAACUGCCGAGGAGGGCAGCCGCACGUAUCUGCAUGGACUGUUGGUUGGCGAGGAGGGGCACGGCAAGCUUUUGUCUGGUUGCAAGAUUAAAGAGUUCUGGGUACCUACGUGGCUCACCGAUGAAGACGGCCAGAAGCUUCAAAAGGGUAUAUGGGAUGAGCUCGUCGCUAGACUCGAAGCCGUACAGCCAGGCUGCAUCUCUCAGCUCAACUAG